GAACGACAAUUAUGGCAAGUUACAACUCAAUCAAAUAAUCAAGAAAAAAUUUUCUAUGCUCAAUCGAUUGUUCUUGGUUGUGGACCAUUAUCAAAUGCUUCUUAUCCAACUGAUAUUCAUGGUAUUGAUAAAUUUCAAGGUCAAAUGUGUCAUACAGCUAAAUGGGAUAAAACAAUAGAUUUUAAUAAUAAACGUGUAGCUGUUGUUGGUACAGGACCAAGUGCUAUUCAAACAAUACCGGAAGUUCAACAGAUGAAUGUCUCACAAUUAUUUGUUUUUCAACGAACACCAGCAUGGGUUAUACCUCGAUUUGAUCGAUUAGUAACGGAUUGGGAAAAAAAUUUAUUUAAACGUUAUCCAAUUAUUCAAAAAUUUAUGCGUGUUAUUAUGUAUUGGAUAAUGGAAUCUCUUGCACUUUCAUUUGCUUAUCGUUGGCCAUUGAAAUUUCUAAUUAAUAAAUUAGUUAAAUAUAAUCUUGAAAGACAAGUUAAAGAUAUAGAAUUACAAAAAAAAUUAACACCAACAUGGGAAUUUGGAUGUAAACGUAUGUUAAUAACUAAUGAUUGGUUUUCAACAUUACAAAAAUCGAAUGUAAAACUUAUAACAAAUCGUAUACGAGAAAUUACAUCACAUUCAAUUAUUACUUAUGAUGGAGAUGAAUAUCCAGUUGAUAUUAUUAUUUGGUCAACAGGAUUUCUAACACAAGAAUUUCCAUUAUCUGUUUAUGGAAUUAAUGGUUGUUUAUUAACUAAAAAAUGGUCUGAAACAAUACAAGCAUAUCGUGGUAUAACUGUACCUAGUUUUCCAAAUUUCUUUAUUCUUCUUGGUCCAAAUACAGCUCUGGGUCAUAAUUCAGUUGUAAUUAUGAUUGAAGCACAAAUAAAUUAUAUAGCUGAAGCAUUUCUUUAUAUGAAUCAAAAUAAUAUACGAUCUAUUGAAAUAAAACAAGAUAUACAUGAGAAAUUUAAUGAAAAUUUACAAUUAAGACUAAAGAGAACAGUAUGGCAAAAGGGUGGUUGUCAUUCAUGGUAUCAAGAUGCCAAAGGUAAUAAUACUUCUUUAUGGCCUGAUUUUACAUGGGUUUAUAUAUUAUUAUUGAAAAAUUUUGAUUAUGAAAAUUAUAUUUUUCGACAAUAA